UUGUGGAAAAUAGCUAUAGGUUUUGCUUCUUUUUUUAAAGAUAAUUUGGCGAAAUUUUCUGAUCACCCAGAGCUAGCCCUUGUGUCAUUUUGAUAAAUUAUUUUCAGGGUCUUCUCUGUUUUCAAACUGAGGUGGUUAUAACCUGUAUUCAUUGUGUCUGUUAGUAUUAGCAGAGACUCAAAAUUUCUUUAAUUUAAUUUAUUUCAUUUGAUUUUAGAUUGAGCUGAUCACUUGGAACAGUUGUCGUGGAUGCCGAUACAACCAUUUCUAUUUUGCAUUAUACCAAAAGCUUGGACAUCUCUGCAUGGAACUUUUAAACACUGUCUGUUUAUCCGACUGAGAUCAUUUUCUCUAAAUAACAGCUCCAGACAGACAUUUGUAACAUUGCAACAUCUUCCACAAAGAAAAUUAUAUCCAUUACAAUCCAUACUUAAUGUCUGUAUUUUCUAUAAAACUUUAAAACCAAAACCCUUACCCAGUUCGUGUACUUCAUUAUCCUUGUGUCAUUCUGAUAUUUCUAACAUGACUGAAAAUAGAUAUGUCACGGGAUAUGCGAAACUUGGGACGUCAGGCUGUAAAAAAUGCAAGCAGAAAAUUGCCAAAGGAGGGCUGCGUAUUGGCAAAGUGGUAUCCAAUCCGUUUUCUGAUGAAGGAGGCGACAUGAAACAGUGGUAUCACCCACAAUGCAUCUUUGAAACAUUUGUCAGAGCUCGAGCGACAACGAAAAAGAUCGAAGACCCAGAUGACCUGGAGGGUUUCGAUGACCUGGAGCAGAGUGAUAAAGAUGCAAUCAGCAAAUUAAUUUCAGAUUUCUUGGCCAAGGCUAAUUUGAAAUCUCCUGCCAAGAAGAAGGCUGUAGUGCAAGCGAAACUACCAUUCACGCCAAGUCCAGUGAAGAAAAAACAAGAAACCGAAGAUGCAAAUGACAAAAAUGGCCAUGUCCCAAAAGUUGUCGACGCUUCAACCGAGCGUGAUAAUUCGUUCCGGCAGUUCCGCCGACUGUGCGCCAACAUCGCCGAGGAGAGUAGCUACACGGAGAAGACGAGGAUUGUCAGUGACUACAUCAAGAAUGGGAACGACGGAGAUGGUUUCAAAGGAGACUUGCAUUUAGUAAUCAAAUUUCUGUUGCCGGGCGUCAUGAAAACUGUUUACAAUCUCAACAACAAGCAGUUGGUCAAACUCUUCAGUCAGAUAUUUGGAACAAACCUACAAGAAAUGGUGGAAGACUUAGAUCAGGGAGACGUAGCAGAGACUGUGAAGAUUUUCUUUGAAAAAAGUAAAAAGGUUUUACCCGAGAAGAAAAGCUUGCUUAGUUUACAAGAGGUAGACGAGUUUCUCACCGAUCUGUCGCAGGUAACCAGAGAGGAUGAUCAACAGAGAAUUCUCAAAAGGAUUGCAAACAAAUGUACGGGUAAUGAUUUAAAGAUGGUCGUACGGCUCAUAAAACACGACCUGAGAAUCAACGCUGGUGCCAAACACAUCCUCGAGGGUUUGGACCCGAAUGCGUAUGAAGCGUUUCAGGCGUCCCGCAACUUACAUGACGUGGUCAAGCGAGUGAUGAGCAACGCCACCGAAUCAAAACCGGGGAUGACAAAGAAACUCAGCAUCCGAGCCAACUUGAUGACGCCCGUUCUACCAAUGUUGGCUGAAGCUUGCCGGUCGGUUGAGCAGGCGAUGAGGAAAUGUCCGAAUGGAUUUUACGCCGAGAUCAAGUACGAUGGGGAGAGAGUGCAGGUCCAUAAGAAAGGAGACGAUUUCCGCUACUUCAGUCGCAGUUUGAAGCCUGUCAUGGCACACAAGGUUGCCCACUUCAAGGACUACAUUCCGAAAGCGUUUGAGUCGGGUGAUGAUCUGAUUCUGGACUCAGAGGUUCUCCUGGUUGAUACGAACACUGGGAAACCGAUGCCGUUUGGAACUCUGGGAGUACACAAGAAAGCUGCGUUCAAAGAUGCCCAAGUCUGUCUCUUCAUUUUUGAUUGUCUUCACAUCAAUGGAGAAAACCUGAUGGACAAACCUAUCAAGAAGCGCCGGGCCAUACUGCAACAAGAGAUGAAGGAAAUUCCCAACAGAAUAAUGUUUUCUGAAUAUGAGCAUGUUACAAAACCCAAUGAUCUUCAGGCCAUGAUGAACAAAGUUUUCCGAGAAGGUCUAGAAGGACUUGUUCUUAAGGAUGUAAAUAGUAUUUAUGAACCGGGCAAACGUCACUGGCUGAAGGUGAAGAAGGAUUACCUUCAUCAGGGCAGCAUGGCCGACUCCGCGGAUCUCAUCGUGCUGGGAGGCUACUUCGGAACGGGAAAUAAAGGAGGUAUCAUGUCAGUGUUUUUAAUGGGUGUGUACGACCCAGUUACGUCUAAAUUCUGCACGGUUACCAAGUGCGGCAGUGGUUUGGAUGACGACAUGUUGGAACGACUUCAGAAGGACCUCGACAUGGUGAAAAUCAGCAAAGACUUCAGCAGGAUCCCAUCAUGGCUGAACAUAAAGAAACCCCUAACCCCAGAUUUCGUCGUCGCCGACCCCAAGAAGGCCCCGAUUUGGGAGAUUAUCGGGGCCGAGUUCAGUAAGGCGGAGGUUCACACUGCUGACGGGAUUUCUAUUCGGUUUCCACGGAUACAGAAGUUCAGGGAUGAUAAGACAUGGGAAACGGCGACAAAUCUUCAAAGAUUAAAGAAAUUGUUCAAAGAAUCAAAAGAAAAGACGGACAUCAUUGUUACCGUGCCAUCUAAAAAAGGCGAAAAUGGAAGUGAUACUGAAGAGGCGGGAAGUGAUGAGAUGGAGACAUCGUCAACAGGGUCAGCAUCGACUGCCAAGACAUCGUCCUCUAGGAUACCAUCGUUGUCUACAACACCGAAAAAAGCCACAAAGAGAUCUGCAGGGGACGAAUCUCCUGAAUCAACUCCAAACAAAAAGUCCAAGCCAAUGUGUGCGUAUGGUGUGAAAUGUUAUCAAACGAAUCCUGCACACGUAGACAGUUUUGAUCAUCCACCGGGGUACAAAACGCCACAGAAGACUCCAACAAAACCUUCAACACCAGAGAGCUCCAAUAGCAAGAAGCUGCCUGACGUUUUUCAAGGCUGUAAGAUUCUUCUACCAUCCGACACGGAGCAAUUCAAGCAGCUCAAGAGAUACAUUAUUGCCUUUGAUGGCGAUUUGGUUCCCGAAUUUGACCAGUAUGCAGCAACCCACAUUGUUACCUCAAAAGGAAAGUCCUCUGAAUCUUCGAUGAAAUCCAAGCUUGUGACGGCCGACUGGUUGUGGGACUGCAUCAAGAAAAAGAGAUUGCUCUCUGUCAGCUCAUACCAACCGUGACUGCACUGAAGCUGUUGGCUUAAACUGACAGUGGCGUAUCUAUGUAAAAUAGCACCUAUGGCAAGCACUGAAAUUGUGCCCCAGUCCAUACAUCUGACACCCAUCUUUUAGAUAACGUCUGACUUUAAUAGAAACAGCUCAGUGGCGCCCCCCUUAAAGUGGCGCCCAGGGCACGUACCAUACCUGCCAUACCCUUUAGGUAUGCCACUGCUGACAAAGCUAUUCUUUAUUCAUAAACACUUCUGUAGGAACCCUGGGUUUAAGGCUGGUAGGUCCUGGGUUCGUGUCCCAGUACCGAAUCUUAAAUCAAGAGUGAGUUAGCUUUUUCUUUUUUUUUUAAGACAUCUCUAGAGAACAUUGAUUUAAUGGAUUUAUUAAUCAUCGGCUAUUGCAUGUCGUCAGACACCAAAUAGUCGUAGUUUAAAAUGUGCUCAUUUUUGUCAUUAAGCAAACAUUUUCUUUCCUCUCCUAAUUCGACAGAGUGUUACGAAAAAAACACCAUAAUAAUUAUAUUAGACAAUAAGGGUUGAAGUUACAAAGGAUGUUUUUGUCUUACAUUUACAAUGCUUAAACACUGUGUUUAAGAAAAUCAGGAUUUGUAAAUUAAUGAUUAUACAUUCCUUUUCUUUUCUUCCCAUUAAUCCUGGCACCUAGCAGUAUACUGGAAGCAGUAUAUUCAUACUACUGGGAAAAGAAUAUUUUUAUAUUACCAGAAGCAGUAUGUUCAUGCUGCUGAGAUCAGUAUAUUCAUAUCACUGGGAGCAGUAUAGUCGUACUACCGAGCACAGUAUAGUCAUAAUACUGGAAGCAGUAUAUAUUCAUAUUACUGAGAGCAGUACAUACAUACAUAAAUACAGUUUGGAGCAGUAUAUAGUAUUACCAGUAUAUUCAUUAGCAUUAGCAGUAUCUUCAUACUACUAGAAGCACUAUAUUAUACCACUGGAAGCAGUAUAUUCAUACUACUGGAAGCAGUAUAUUCAUACCACUGGAAGCAGUAUAUUCAUACUACUAGAAGCACUAUAUUCAUACCACUGGAAGCAGUAUAUUCAUACCACUGGAAGCAGUAUAUUCAUACCACUAGAAGCAGUAUAUUCAUACCACUGGAAGCAGUAUAUUCAUACCACUGGAAGCAGUAUAUUCAUACCACUGGAAGCAGUAUAUUCAUACUACUAGAAGCAGUAUAUUCAUACUACUGGAAGUAGUAUAUUCAUACUACUGGAAGCAGUAUAUUCAUACUACUGCCUGCAAUAUUUUCAUAUUACUGACUGCCAUACCACUGGGACCAAUAUACUGCCAAGAUUGGGAAAUGACCCUAAUGCUUACUAGCCUUAAACCCAUCGCCAUGGUGCCAUCAAAACCAGUUGUACCAUUAUUCAAUUGGUUGCAUUUCUAAUCAUGUAUAACUAUAGUAUUUGUUGUGAUUGGUGGGGGUGUGGAAAAAAACACAGUAGUUGCUAAUUAACAAACAAUGUAUGUAAGUAUGAUAGGGAGGUGGUAGGUCCUGCUAAUUAACAAACAAUGUAUGUAAGUAUGAUAGGGAGGUGGUAGGUCCUGCUAAUUAACAAACAAUGUAUGUAAGUAUGAUAGGGAGGUGGUAGGUCCUGUUUAUUAACAAACGAUGUAUGUAAGUAUGAUAGGGAGGUGGUAGGUCCUGCUAAUUAACAAACGAUGUAUGUAAGUAUGAUAGGGAGGUGGUAGGUCCUGCUAAUUAACAAACGAUGUAUGUAAGUAUGAUAGGGAGGUGGUAGGUCCUGCUUAUUAACAAACAAUGUAUGUAAGUAUGAUAGGGAGGUGGUAGGUCCUGCUAAUUAACAAACAAUGUAUGUAAGUAUGAUAGGGAGGUGGUAGGUCCUGCUAAUUAACAAACAAUGUAUGUAAGUAUGAUAGGGAGGUGGUAGGUCCUGCUAAUUAACAAACAAUGUAUGUAAGUAUGAUAGGGAGGUGGUAGGUCCUGCUAAUUAACAAACAAUGUAUGUAAGUAUGAUAGGGAGGUGGUAGGUCCUGCUAAUUAACAAACAAUGUAUGUAAGUAUGAUAGGGAGGUGGUAGGUCCUGCAUUCAGAUAUUUUAACUAUUUUAUAACACUUGCAUUUAUUGAGCCAUUUACAUCUUUCCUCUCUGUACAUACUCUGUAUGUGAUGUGUGCCCACCCCACCCUCUCUGGGUAUACCUUUAUAAACACCCCCUUACAAAUCAAUUUAUUGGUAAACCUGUAUCCUAACUGGAUGUGUGCGACACGAGCGAUUUGUUUUAGAAACCAUUGAUUUCAAUUGCUGCAUCCUAACCGCAUGCAUAUGGUGCAACAGAUUGAUGUAGUCGAGAGCUCGACAAAAUACCGAUAGGAAUUGUUUCUAUUUUUUGUUGCGCGACAUGAGCGACAAACAUAUAUUAACUAAUCAAACAACUUUUACCUGCCUGUUUCAACUGCUCAUAACAAUUUUAAAACAAAGACUGUCGUUAUGGUGGCGUCUGGUUAGGAUAUAAAUAUUAUCGCGUCGCACAUGUCCAGUUAGGACACAGUUUUACACAUUUCACAUGAAUCGCAUUAUCAAUAUCUGUAUUCAUUUCAAGUAAAACACCUUCCAUGCUUCUUCAUUCUGUUUUUGAGUUUAUGCCAGUUCUUUUGUUUCGAUGUCCAGGCCCAUAGGAAUGAUAUCUGGAGUUUGGGGGGAGGGGGUGCUAAUCUCUAUGGGGGGAGGUGGGUGGUAAUCUCUAUUGAUGGAGGGUGGGAUGUAGCCCAAUGGUAAAACACUCGCUUGAUGUGUGGUCGGUCUCUGAUCGAU